ACCAAAAAUCAACAAAAAAACUAACGCUAAUAUCAUUAUAUAAAGUAGCUAACUAACAAAGAAAGACUAGAAAUUGUUCAAAGAGUUUGCAAAUCAUAGUUAACUCAAUAAUAAUGUGUCUGACUCUAGUCUUCAAUCCUCAGUUUUAGUGCUGGUAGAGGCAUGGCUCGUAACUUUUACUCAGUGUUUUGCAACAAGGAGAAAUCAAUUGACUGGAAGGGACUGGACUUGUUAACUGAAUGGUAUAUUAGAUCAGGUGUGGCUGGCAUAUCCUCUGUCUGUCUCUCAAGUGAAAUGUUCCAGUUAACUAACAAGGAAAGAAUAGAAAUUGCUCAAAGAGUUGUGGAUAAAGCAGCUGGACGAGUACCUGUUGUAGCUGGAGCUACAUUUGAGGGUAAUUUGGACGAGCAAGCUCAACUAAUGAGGGACAUGGGGCAAAUAGCAUCUGCUGUCAUAAUUAUAACCAAUCAGAUUGCAGCAAUGGAUGAUAGCGAUGAGGUAUGGUUAUCUAAUGCUCAGAAGUUAUUAGAUCUAACUGGUGAUAUUCCAGUUGGUAUCUAUGAGACACCAAUACCUAAAGUCAGGAGUCUCACACCAGCCAUGUUAAAAUGGGCAGCUAGUAAUGACAGGUUUGUGUUUCAUAAAGACACGUCACUUGAUACAGCGACAAUGAUCAACAAGUUAAAAGCUGUACAAUCAGUUGAAAGCACUAAACUGAAAUUUUUUACUGCUAAAACUCAGUUUGUGAAGACCCUACUUGAUAAUGGUGGCAAUGGGUUUAGUGGUGUCAUUGCUAACUUCUUUCCAUGGAUGAUGGUUUGGAUGACAGGGAAGGGAAGAGAAGUGGGAGAGAAAGAAAGAGAGAAAAUGCAUCGAUUUCUCUCUGUUUCUGAUAGAGUAUUAGCACACAAGUAUCCUACAUCAGCAAAAGUUUAUUUAAAUAAGUUCUACAAUGCUCCCCUAGCUCCUGUUUCUAGAAUAUUUGAUGUUACACUAAAUGAGCAAGACUUAAUGUCUUUGGAGUCUAUGAAGGAAUAUAUGGAGGAGACAGCAAAGGAACUGGGCGUGGCUAUAGUAGACCCAACCUCCCAAUAAUUUAACAUUUAUAUUCUCGUUUUGUAAUUUUUGCAAUUUUUAUUUUAUCAAUAACAAA